AUGGGUAAAAAUUCAAAAAAGAGGAGCCAUUCACUUUCGAUAGAUGAAAUACGGAGGAAAUUAAAACGAUACCAAGAAAAACUGGAUAAAUGUCAACAGGAAUUACCAGCUGAUGAAGGAUCAGGAAUGGGUGAUGCAUCUAGUAUUGAAGAUCUGGAUGCCGAAGAUACAGGCAUCAUCGAUCCUGUUAUUGAUAACAAAGAAAAUAGUGCAUCAAAUGAUCUGGAAAAGACAGAGACGACGAAGGACAAGGACUUUGCCGAUCUUGACGACGAAAUAUUGGAAAUUCUGGGGGAUGGUAAAUCAUCAACUGAUGAGGGUGAAUUUUUAUUUCACCCAAAACUGGCUGAGGUUUGGAAAAAAGUUCUCAUAGAAGGACUAGAGAAGGAUAAUAAAGUGAAUCUUUUAAAAAUAUAUCCUCGCAAGGGAAACUGCCCAAUCUUGACGCCGAAGUUAAACCCAGAAGUAGAAGCUACGGUUAAUGAAACUGUAAGACGACGGGACAAAUACCAAGCGGAUGAACAGGACCUUUGUGGGGCGAGUUUAUCAUCACUUGGUAAAGCAAUAAGUAUGAUACUUAACGAUGAAAAACAAAAAAUUGAUAAGAAAGAAUUAUUAACGGCGUUAGUCGAUUCAGGGAAGCUAAUGUGUGAGCAAUUUAAAAUUUUGUCUAAAGCACGAAAAGCUUUUAUCUACCCUGGGUUAGACAAAAAAGCCAAAUCUGUUUUAGAAAAAUCCGAAACAGAUGAGUAUCUAUUUGGUUCAGGAUUAUCAGAGAGAGUAAAAACUGCAAAGUCAGUAGAAAAGGUCGGGUUGUCUUUGAAACCUCAGGCACCCGAGAAAAAGACCAAUGCCAAACCUCACUCGACUUUAAACUGGAAAAGCCCGUCUGUGAAGGCUGGCAAUCAGACACAGACGGGCUACCAGCGUCGAGUACCCCCGAAGUCGUUCUACCACAGCCGAACUUGCCUGCCUCAUCAAACGAGACCAGUACAAAACUGUUCCCUAAAUGCAAAUGAUGAGCCUUACCUCCAAGCGGCAGUCAACAAACUAUUAGAAUUAGGCGCCAUUCGAGUAUGUGUCCCAUGUAAUGGACAAUUUUUAUCUACUUAUUUUUUAGUACCAAAACCGAAUGGUGACUAUAGGUUCGUAUUAAAUUUAAAAGAUCUAAACAAAUAUAUCCUAACCUUCCACUUUAAGAUGGAAGAUCUCCGAACAGCUAUCAAGCUGAUGUCGAAAGGUUGUUUUAUGGGAACCAUAGACCUCAAAGACGCCUAUUUCCUAAUUCCAAUCGCCAAUAAAUACCGGAAAUACCUUCGGUUUAUGUGGAAACAACUGUUGUUUGAGUGGACAUGCGUACCAUUUGGAUUGAACAUAGGGCCUUGGUUGUUCACGAAAAUUUCCAAACCAAUAGCUAACUUCUUAAGAAGUCUUGGAUUCCUAUCAGUAGUAUACUUGGAUGACUGGUUGUGCUUUGGAAGGGAUAUUGAGGAAUGUUUAAAUAAUUUAAAUCAAACCAAACAGUGCUUAGAAUCUGUAGGUUUUGUUGUUAAUAAAGAUAAAAGUACACUACUGCCUGAUACGAGAUGUCAAUUUUUAGGGCAACUAAUUUACACGCUGAUUAAAAAAUUUAAAAAUUUAAAAACUUGUUCCAUUCGUGAGUUCGCUCAAUUUGUGGGGAAUAUUACGGCAGCAUGUCCAGCAGUACAAUAUGGCUGGGCAUAUUCCAAAAGCCUGGAGAGACAAAAGUAUUUAGCACUACUUAAAAGUUCCGGAAAUUACGACGCGAAAAUGAAGCUAUCGGCGUGCUUGACAACGGAUCUUAAUUGGUGGCAAAAUAAUAUUUUGAUUAGUGUCAAUCCAAUCCGACAGCAACACUAUAAAUUGGAAAUAUUUACAGAUGCUUCUCUCACCGGUUGGGGAGCCGCGUGUAAUAAUGAACUUACCAAUGGAGCCUGGUAUGGAGAAGAGGUAAAUUAUAGUAUUAACCAUCUAGAGUUAAUAGCGGCAUAUUUUGGGCUACAGUGUUUCGCCGAAGAUAAACGGGAUUGUGAGAUUCUUCUACGGAUUGAUAAUACCACAGCAAUAUCUUAUAUAAACAGGAUGGGUGGUAUACAAUAUCCAAAUUUAAACGCAAUUGCAAGGAAAAUCUGGCAAUGGUGCGAGCAGCGUAAUUUGUGGAUCACCGCUUCUUAUAUUGCUUCAAAAGAAAACAUAGAAGCGGAUUAUGGGUCCCGGAUUGUUAAUCCGGAUACUGAAUGGGAGCUAGCGGACUGGGCAUUUCAGAGGAUUGUUAAAGAGUUUGGCACUCCAGAGAUAGACCUCUUUGCCUCAAGAACGAACAGAAAGUGUGAAAAAUUCUGUUCAUGGCAUCGCGACCCAGACGCAUAUUGUGUUGACGCUUUUACCAUGGUCUGGGCGGACCUGAAAUUCUAUGCAUUCCCACCAUUUUCUUUAAUUUUAAGAACAUUAAAGAAAAUUGAAGCAGAUCAAGCACAAGGUGACACAAGUACACCCACUGUCAGCAAAAAUGCGGCUAAUGGCCGCGAUAUUGUCUGGCAAACGUUUUUAAAACAAGAUUUUAACGAGAAAGCGGUUGAGCUGUUAGUAGGUUCGAUCACAGACUCGACAAUGAAGCAAUACAACAAACCUUUACAAGAAUGGAAAAAAUUUUCUUCGGAGCGAAAAAUAGAUAUGUUCAAACCGCAAACUAAUCAAGUCAUUAACUGGUUAACACAAAAGUAUCAAGAGGGUGCAUCAUAUGGUUCACUGAAUACGGCUAGGUCAGCACUCUCAUUAAUAGCUGGGGAUAAGAUAGGAAAAGACCCUACAAUUUCAAGAUUAAUGAAAGGCGUCUUCAACCAAAGACCAAGUAAGCCGAAGUAUGAAAAAAUUUUCAGCUUGGACCCUGUAUUGGAUAAUUUGGAGAAAUUAUACCCUCUAGAGAAUCUUAGCAUGCUGGAGCUGACAGAAAAGCUGGUCAUGCUAUUAGCUAUCGUGACAGCUCAUAGGAAGCAAACUUUGGCGCUAAUAAAAGUUAAUAAUAUUAUGAAAACAGAUAGCGGAUAUGAAAUAAAAAUUCCAGAUAGAAUAAAGACAACAAAACCAGGAGGUUAUCAGCCGUUGCUCAUCAUCCCAAAAUUUGAGGAGAACCCAAAACUCUGCGCGGCUUCAGUAUUGGAGCGGUAUCUUCGCGUAACAAAAGAAAAAAGAGAUAAAACUGAAAAUCUCUUGUUGACUACAAGGAGCCCUUUUGGAGCUGCUUCAAAAGAUACCAUCAGUAGAUGGAUUCGCGCCUUUUUGAGUAAAAGUGGAAUCGGAGCAGAAUUCGGGCCUCAUAGUGUUCGUCAUGCAUCGACAUCAGCUGCGUUGAAAAAAGGUGUUGACAUCAAUGUCAUCAAGAGUCUAGCUGGAUGGUCCGAGCGAUCAAGAACAUUUGAUCGGUUUUAUAACCGUCCCAUUAUUAAUGAUAAAAAGACGUUUACAGACUCAAUUUUAAACAGAAAGUAA